AUGUCUGCUGAAGGCGCAAGCAACGGCUCGGCUGCUGCUCAGCAACAGCAGCAGCACUUGGAGGAGGACGCAGGAAUUCCGCAGCUUCCAGGGGCUUCCGGAGGCGACGACGUGACAGUAAUUCAAGGGGCGACGACAGGGCAGGACGGGUCGAAUUCUGUACCUUCCCAAGUCGACUCUGGCUAUGGGGGUUCGUCUUACCAGCAGCAGCAGCAGGGAGGUGGUGACGGCCCCCCUCAGGGAGGGUUGACGGAGGAGGAACGGACGGUUCGCAAGAUCUUCGUGGGUGGCCUCAACAGAAGCACAACAGCGGAGUCCCUUCGGGAAUACUUUUCCACGUUUGGCCCCGUUCACCAUACGGAAGUUCUUUUCGACAAGCUCACCGGACGCAGUCGGGGCUUUGGAUUCGUCACUUUCGAGGAGGCAGAGACGAUCAACAAUGUGGUGGAUCGACAUCACACCAUUGAUGACAGCCAGGUCGAGGUUCGUCGUGCGAUUCCUAGGGAGGAAGCGAGGCAGGCGCAGCCACGGCGAGAGAGAGAAUUCAACGAAAAUACUGGCAGAGUUUUCAUCGGAGGGCUUGGAGACGAAGUGACUGAUGAAGUUUUGAAAGACUUCUUCUCGCGCUUCGGGGAGCUGACGUCUGCCAACGUCAUGGUGGAUAGGGAAACCAACAGGCCUAGGGGCUUCGGGUUCGUUAUUUACAAGAAUCCAGAUGACGCAGAGAAGGCUCUGGGGAUUCACAAGGAUCUUGGUCCUAAUGCGGAGGCGAAGAGGGCACAGCCUCGCACGCAGGGGCAAAGGAUGCGCAUGAUGGGUAUGGGUAUGGGCGGCUCUGUUGGAGGUCCUCAUGCGUACAGAAUGGAAGAUCCGCGCUAUUCUAUGAGCCGUUCAGGCGGCUAUGGAUCUGGCGGGGGGGCCCCUGCUCAGAUGUACGGAGGCUAUAAUUACGCCUACCACCCCUACUAUGCUGCAUACUAUGCGCAGGUUGCAGCCGCGUAUAGCGGCAGUGGUGGCUACAGCGGAGGCUACGGCCAGUCACCGAGCGAUGGGGGAGCUGGAGCAGACAGAGGAGGCGGUCGCAUGCCUUCCAGUCGCUCGACUCCCUACUAG